AUGCGUGCUAAGGGAAAGACGUAUUUGUUUUUAUGUGUAACAGAAUUUCAGGACCCUGAAGCUGGUCUGAGUAACUCCAUCGGGGCUGUGCGCUGGAUUCUACCUGAUGAGGGUUUUCAGUCUCAUAACUCAGUUCCCAGCAAAAGCAGUCAAAGCCCCAGACAAAAGGACCUUAAGGAUCUCCGUAGCUUGCAGGAAUGUGUGAAGUUUAUCACUCAAUGGAAACAGCAGGUGGAACAUGUCUGCAAGCCUGGUACCAAUGCAGAUGAAGGCCAAAAUAUCUGUGCGAAUGCAGAGCCUCGUAGUCUGGAACAAUGCCGAAAGCUCAUCCUUGAGUGGGCACAGGAGCUCAAGAAAGUUGACAUUCUGUUCAGUGAGAGCCCCUGGCAGCAAGAAACAGAUGCAUGCUGGGAGCAGAAAGAGAACAAGGUUGACUCUGCCAAGCAUACAGAGCAGAAGAUCAUGGAAUGGGCUAAAGAGUUACAAGCUGUGUCAGAGCGCUGUGGUGUAAUGAGAGAAGACUUAGCUCAGUUUCUGAGGCAGUUGGAACUGAAGAAGAACAAGAACAAGGUUGCAGCUUUGUUGCCUUUUCUGGAGUUCAUAACUUGGUCUCUGCUGAAGGAGGACAGCAAGGGUGUUGUUCCACAGCUCUGGCUCCUCAGCAAACAACGUACCUGGAAAAUAGAGACACCAAAGUACAUUCCAAACUCAGUGUGGAGCUGGAUCUGCAGUGCAUCAGCUGACAUCACACUGGACCCCAUGACUAACCACCCAUGGUUACAGCUCUCAGAGGACAGGAAGAAGGUCCAGGAAGCUCUGAAUGAAGCUGAAGUGUCAUUUAGCACCCAACGCUUUGACAGCUGGCCUUGUGUUCUGGGCUGGGAAGGGCUCUCCUCCGGUCGUCACUAUUGGGAAGUUGAUAUUGUCAACAAUGGCUACUGGCGCAUUGGAUUGACCACUGCCUCUUCCAAAAGGCAUGGCCGCUUUCCCAUGAACCCUUCUGAGGGCUUUUGGGCAAUAUGGAGAAGCACGCGGCAGUUUUAUGCUUGCACCAAACCAGAGACCGAGCUACCCUUGUCACUUGUGCCCAGAAAACUGGGAGUCUAUUUGGACUAUGAGGAAGGUCAGGUGUCUUUCUACAACGUAGACACACGGUCACAUAUCUUCACAUUUGCUACAAGUUUCUGUGAGAAGUUGUACCCUCUCUUCGCACCACUGGAUGGACGCACACUUAUCACAUUGUCCUCUCCAGAUUUCAAGCCAGAAAUGUCUAAAUAAAUGAAUGCUCUCUCUAAAUCUAUGUACAAUCCUUUUAACUUGACUACUGUCCUCAUAAAGGGCUGUUGGGGAGAGUUAAGUUGACUGUUUGUGCAGACCUUAGACCAUAAAGGAGUGCAUUUAGAUAUGGCACCCACAAAGUAAAGGUCAAUUACUCAUUAUGUGCCACGCCCGAUAAAGUAUUGGCUCAUAUCUGCCAAAUGAUUUGACCUAUCAAUUUUUUUUUCCAGGUUUGUCUCUAGAUUAUUUUUUCUUGAAACACUCAAGGAUUCAGAAGAGGACUUUCCUGAGAUAUCAGCAAAAAUGUAAAAUAAUUUUCUAUAGCACCAUUUCAUGGCCAAUUCUCAAUAAAAUGUGCAUUACAUACCAAAAAAAUAAAUAUUUUUAACUACGUGAAUAAAAUGAUUACAAAGUUAUGUUGGACAAAAUUUAGUGCGCAUCAUAAGAGUGUCCUGAU